AUACCAAGCAUAGCCAGCAUGUCAGUGCAGUUAACUUGCAGCGGGGCUGUGAGGAAAACUAGCGUGUCUUUGUCCUAGGAAAUGUGCCUCGUUUUUUGGCCUUUUUUAUUGCUUUUUUUAAUUUGAAGAACGAUUCGUAAAGACUUCUGAAACUGCAUUUUAAUUCUAAGUCAAAGAUAACGACACACAUACAGCUUCCGAAUAAACCCUUGAGGGGUUUAGUGUGUGUGUAUGUGCGCGCUUUGAGGUUUCUUUUUGUGUGCGUGCUUUUUUUCUUUUUUUAACUUUUACGUACUUUAUUUUGAUAGCUUGAGGCUGGGCCUCUCGCUUUUUUUUUCCCCCUUUUCUUCUUUUUUUGUGAAGUUAAUAAAAAGAGCCAGGCGCUCCCAAGCAAUAAUUGAUUUUUGGAAUCCUCUUUACCGUUUCGGGGCAAAAGCAAACAAGCUGGUUUUCUCUGCUAAGCCCAAUAAAUGCUAUUUAUGAAGAUGGACCUGUUGAAUUACCAGUACUUGGACAAGAUGAACAACAAUAUCGGCAUUCUGUGCUACGAAGGUGAAGCUGCUCUAAGAGGUGAACCCAGAAUGCAAGCCCUUCCUGUGUCCCCUGCCCUCACCAAUCAUCGGACAGGGCCCCCUCCCAUCAGCCCCAGCAAGAGGAAGUUUAGUGUGGAACAAGGGGACGAUGACCUAGACUGUGAAAACGACCAUGUGUCCAAGAUGAGUCGUAUCUUCAACCCCCAUUUAAGCAAGAAUGGAGAUUGCCGAAAAGAACACCGAGAAAGAAGCCGCAGCCCCAUUGAACGUGCUGUGGCUCCCACCAUGAGUCUGCAUGGCAAUCACGUGUAUGCCUCCAUCCCCAGCAUCACCAUGGAGCAACCCCUUGCACUGACCAAAAACAGCAUGGAUGCCAACAGGACAGUUGGCAUCUCCCCAACAUUGACCUCUGUGGAACGGCAGCAGAACCGCCCCUCAGUGAUCACCUGUGCCUCUGCAAGCAAUCGUAACUGCAAUCUCUCUCACUGUCCCAUUGCCCACAGUGGGUGCGUCUCAUCUACGCCGGCAAACUACAGGCGGCCCCCAAGUACUACCACUACCUGUGACCCCGUGGUAGAAGAACACUUCCGUCGGAGCCUCGGCAAGAACUACAAGGAACCGGAGCCCGUGGCAAACUCUGUGUCCAUCACGGGGUCAGUGGACGACCACUUUGCCACAGCACUGGGCGACACGUGGUUGCAGAUCAAGGCUGCCAAGGAUGGAGCUUCCAGCAGUCCUGAGUCAGCUUCCAGGAGGGGGCAGCCAUCCAGCCCGAAUUCCCACAUGGUCAAUCACAAUCACUCCCCCUCCGUUGUCUCAUGAAGAGAGGACCACCAACACCUCCUCUGUUGGAGAACAAGUGAAUCUGCAUGGUUUGCCUGAGCUUUGAACCGUCAUGCUUAAAUGGAAAAUAGUGUGGGGGUGGGGGUAGGUGAUGGGGUGGGGGUGGGAAAAGGUUAGUUUGCAACGUCUUUUUUUUUUUAUUCGCUUGGUAUUUGUACAAGGGUGCCCUCGAACAUGAUAGCAGGAACUAUGUGUGAAACAUCUGUGUAAUGUAGCAUCCUUACUUCCUGCCUCAGUUACCAAAGAAACCUCUGAUGCAGGUCUGCUGACCCUCUUAACAGAACCGAAAUCUGCAAUGCGCACGCGCGGCUCGCUAGCUGGCUUGCUCACUCAAAGCCAUUACAACAGGUGGUUGACCCAGAAUGCUUUGUGCUUUCAAUUAGCUCCUUGAGACGAGACUCGUUGUGGUUCGCUCCCAUUGCUUUUCAUUUUUCGUUCAGUCAUUUUGUAUGUAUAUACUUGAAAAGAAUUGUCACGUAUGAUUUGCACUAUUGGAGGAGGAUUAGUUGCUUUGCAACUUCUUUAGGCAAGAUGCUAGUAUUUUGAGGGCAAACUGCUGAAAAAAAGGGUUUAAGAAUGACAUUUCUGUCCAUUUAUAUGUGUGUAUUUUUUUUUUUAACAAAACCGCUUGGAAGGGGAAGUCUCAUACAGGUUAUAGGUCUUUCUCUCUUUAGAUUUCAGGUGCUUGGUGCUUGCAACUGGACUGCAUUACUCGACCGAACACGGGCAUUUUAUUUUUUUUCUAAACACUGCAGUUUGUUAGAAUAGAGCUGAGGUUGGUGGGUUCAAUAGUGCUUUAAAAGAUGCAUGUUUUAUGAGAAAAAAAAUAGCUGGUAUCUAUUAAUGUAUAGACAGUUUUAAAACCAUAAUACUUAACUAGCUUCUGUUCAGAAUUAGUUUAUUUUUGUCAGUUACAGUCCUAGGUAUACUCACUGCUGGUACAGUUGUACGCUAAGAUUUUUGUAUUUGGUAUUCACUUUACUCACAGCUGGCACCAGGCCUCCUGAGCAAAGCCGUUCGUUCAGUAGGUGAUCGUCCGUGUUACAGGAUGACCUAGGGUUGCCCGGGCCUGACUCCAUCGUUUAUUUGUGCAUCACUCUGUGCUUUCAACAGAUUUGCUUCCUGAGGCUUCAGGAUUUGUCCUCUAACUCCCCUAGAUGCAGAAACUGCUCCUUCAACUCUAUUGGCUGAACAACAGAUUACGGACAAUCUGUGAAGUGAUGUUUUUAAUGCUUACUCGUAAGCCUGGGCCAAGGCAGUGUACAUUCCUCCAUUAGAAGACUUUAUACAGUUAUUACUGCAUUUAUUAUCAUUUGCUAUAUUAAUAGCUACUAACUAGAAAUUAGGUAAAGAGGAAAGCAUGGUAAACAACACGGCUGUGGAGUACAGCAGCUUCUCUUUAUUUUGUUUUAUUAUUAUUAAAUAAGACACCUCCCCCUUCUCCCUCGUCCCCUCCCCAUACUACAUUCCAGCCUCCCCCCAGUGCAGUUACAUCAAGAACUUUGGAUGCUGGGUCACCUGGCCAGACCCAGGGCCUCUAGGAAAUUGCUGCUGAGUUGGAUGGUCACAGCGCAAUCCAGGGCCAUUCUCACUUGUUUUCAGUUUGAGAAGCUUGAAGCUGAGCUGUUGAAUUUGGAAAAGGCGCAGGGUGGGAUGAUAAGAGGCUUGGCUCUCAUGUGUAUUUAUAUAGGGUGGCUGCUGAGGUGGGGUCUUUUUGUUGUUACAUUGCUGGGUUUUGUUUUUUUAAAGAGAAAGUCUCUCUCUCUGCACCCUCCCCUCUUCCCCCCCCCCCCCCCCCAUACAUUUCACUACCAUCUUACUGGUAGUCAAUGCUUCCUUGCUUUGGCAUUCAGGCCCCUGCUCUCUAUAGGAAAACCGUUUGAGAAUACUUUUUUUUUAUAUAGGGAACUUUUAAGACCAUCAUUACGCUGUGCGUAAAGAAUGUACAGAGAAAUUUGUAGGUAUUUUUUGAGGAACAAUUAAUUUGUUAAUGAUAUGUAGCUAUUUAAUUUUUCCCGUUCCUAUUAUCAUUUUGUUUGUUUGGAGAAAAAAGUGAUUUUUUUUGUGUUUAGAGUUGUAAACGUGCAGGAACACAGCUAUUCUAGGAGAACACUGCAUUCGCGUUACUAGCCACUAGUUUGUUAUCGCUACAGGCUACUGAGUGUUGUAACAGGAAAACACUAACACUGUGGAUGGACUCUGUGGACAGUGGGACUCCUAACGACAUUUCUUGACCGACGUGGUGAAGACGGUCCUCAUUCUAUCUGUUGGGGAACAGUGUCAGUAAUGGCUGGGUCCCCGGGGGUGCUGACUUAUCUGGGAUAGGUCAAGAUAGAGGUGGGUGGGAUGGGACGGAUUGAAUGGGAUUGGACGUGCCCCAGCCCCGGUGCUCUGACCCGAGGGAGCUUGGCUAGAGGGCAACCAAACAUUUCACGGGGAAGGAAUGAGCUCCCUGAUCUAAAAAAAAGCACAGUGAAGUUUCUUCACCAAGCUGAGCUAUCUGCAGAACCAUUCUCUCCAUGUUUGUAAAUCUGUAAUAUACCAUUCUCUGUGGCCUGUUUCACCUGGACGAAGAAGAAAAAAAAGGUUUGGCAGGCCAUCUUUUUUUGUACUUAAAAGUAGCCUUAAAGAACAAUAAAGUGCUCUUAAAACCACA